AUGGCACAUUCUGAUCAAUAUAGAAGUACAAAUGAUGUUUCAAAUCAAUCAAAUCACCUUGUACAUUCAUCAACUCACAACAGCUUUACUAGUUCAAAUGAAUAUUCAGAUGAUACCAUUUCAAAUGAGAAUGCAUAUCCUUGGCUUAAAGAUAAUCAGCGUAAAUGUACUCAGUUAACUGGUUUCGCUGAUUGGUGUUCUUUGGACACGUGUAAUAUUCUGCGUUUAGAUUUACAUUGUCAUCCCAUGACGACGACGACGACAACAACAACUACCACAGCUUCUUCGAGAAAUUCAUUUGAAUCAUAUCAUGUGCUUGUAUAUGAAAAAGAAUCUGAUAUAUGGAAUAUUGCCAAGAAUCAUUUCUCCCGUUCAUCGACUUAUUCAAGUAUUUUAUGUACACGAUCUCGUGUGAUUGCAGCACCUGCACGACUGAUUUCACGUAUUGGACCUGUUGAUCUUGAACUACUUAACAAGAAAGAAUCAAUGUCAUUGUUAUCUGAUAUAUAUUGUCCCCAUUUCUCUUGGCCUCUACAUAUAUAUUAUCCGCAAGUUGUGAACCUUACUCGACUUUUCUAUCCUUUCUCAGAGCAGUCACGUUUUCUGUCGUCAUCAACUACUUCAAAUGUUGGAUUUCGGUUUUCUUCAGGUUAUUUUACAAACCAGAUUGGUGGUGGUAGUCAUCUCUCAUCACUUAGUCAGUUAUUCCUAGAAUCUGGUAAAUUUUAUCAUCUAAAUCAAAAAUUAUCAGAUUUAUUAGGUGUAAAAUUAGAUCAUGAAAAACGUCCACGUUGUAUAUAUAUUAUUGCACAUCAAAUAGCAUUUCUUGAUUUAUUGGAUGCAUAUUUAUCAAUAUCAUCAUGGCGAUUAUUUCAUCGUAUACGUAUUCCAUCAAAUUAUAAAUCAUUUAGUGUAAAUACAUUUUUAUUAAUUGAUCGUAUUAAUAAUUGGCCAUCUAGUACAAUGGGUCCAUUAUUAGUAUUAAUACAUGCACGUAGUCCAACUACAUCAUUGAUAAGUUUACAAGCUGAUCCAAGUGUACAUAUUAUUAUAUGUGAUGUUGAUUGGCGAACAGAAGUGAUGGAUAAUUUGAAAGCUAUUAUUCAUAGUUGGAUUUUGAAUGGAUUAUCAUCAUCUAAUUAUAAGAAUAAUACUAUUUUACAAAAAGUGAAUACUUAUCGUUUACUUUCAACAUGUGAUUUUGAUUAUCCUAUACAUCGAAUGAGUGUAGAAGCUUGUCUAUUACGUGGUAUAGCUUGUCGUCUACUUCCAUGUGCUGUAUUUCAUUCAUAUUCUACAACACAUAUUAAUCGUUAUUCAUUAUUAUAUGCACGUGUUCAACCAAAUGUUGUUAAUGGAUUAUUAUCAGGUGUACAUACACGAAAAUUAACACAUCGUUUAUUAUUACAAAAAAUGAAAUCAAAUGAAUUUGAUUUAUUCAAUGAUCGUAAUUUCUUUAUGCCUAUUAAACAGGAUGGAUUAUCUUAUUCACCAACAUCAUCAAUUGCAUCAUCAUUUUCAUGUACAGGACAAGAUAAUCGAUUAGAUGAAUAUGAACGUGAACCAUUAAGUGAAUUGCUUCUGCAUCGUGCAUUAGAACUGUUUGAAGAUCCAAUUGAUACACAGAUCUGGUGUUAUACAAAUGCUGAGAAAUUAGCUAUUGCCAGUGAAUUUUUUACCGUAAACAAAGAAACCAAUGAAUUGUAUACAAUUACCGAUGAAGAUGAUUUUGAAGAUGAUAUUCUUUAUGAAUUAUCUAGUGAAUUAACUACAGAUUUUGUACAAUUCAUAGAAAACAAUGAACAAUCUAUGGAGUUAUCUCAGUCUGAUCUAAUGAAACAAUUAGGUUAUACUAAAUUCAUUGGUUGGGAAGUAGCUAAUUAUGAAUUAUUGAAUCGUGUAACAGAUAUUGAAAAUCAAUUAUGUGAACCAAAUAAUGAUUGGUUAAGUUAUCAUUAUCCUGUUCAUGAUAACUUUGUGCUUGACUAUAAUGAAGGCCAACAAUCAGAAGUAUUUCCUUCAUGUUCACUUUUUUCACAACUUCCAGUUUGGUGCCCAUUUGAAUCACAUCUAAAAUAUUUAAACACUGAAUCUGGUGCUACUGAUUUUAUUGUACAUUCAAAAGAUGAAUAUGAAUUACCUUUAACCGGUGAAGAUUUAAAUGAUUGGAUAUAUAAUAAUCCUGAAUAUGACUGGGGCUAUGAAAUUAUUCCUAUGGCUGAAAGUGAACUACCACCAUUAAUUAUUCCUCCUAUUAUUCAAAAUAAUAUUGGUAGUAAUACUGAUGUCAAUGAUGAACAAUCAACGAGAAGAUGUCCUAUUAUUAAUAAUCAUCAUACACCGUUAUCAUCUCGAACAAUAAAUGAUAACACUAGUCAUAUAACAUCUUAUCGUAGUGGUUCACGAAUGAAUACAAAGAAUCUGAAACGUAGAGCAUUAUCAAAUACUGCUAAUUGUACUCCACGUAAAAAUGCUUCCUACUCUAACAUGUUAGAUGAAUCUCCAUCGGUUCAUGGUACUUUAGACGGUACUGCAACUAUGGAGAAUGAAAUAAGAAGUAAAGAUGGCCGUAUCCAGCCACAACAAUUGCGAGAUUCUACGCCUACAGUAGGAAUUAUUGCAACACCGACAUCUAGUGUUGGUAGUGGUGGUAGUAAUACAGUACCCUUAACAUCUGGAUCAUCCAGUACUAGUACUUAUUCAAAUAAUUCAAUUGUUCUGUCAUUAUAUCCUCCAUGUGGAAAUAAUACUAGUGGAAAUUCAUCAACCAGUUUAAAAUUACACAUUCCUCGAGUAUCAUAUAAUAAAGAGGUGACUAAUGCUCGUGUACAUCGUCUUCGACGAAUGAAUAAUGCGAAUACUGGAUCAGGUUCAGAUGCUGCAGCAGCUAUAGCUUUAGCCGCUGGAGCACACUUACUUCAGCAACAACAACAACAACAACAACCUCAGUUAACUUCAUCUGGAGCAUAUCAUGAACACAGUCAACACCAUUUAGCUAAUGUUGUAGUGGCUGCAGCAGCAGCAUUUAGUCCAUGGAAUUCAUUUAUAUCGAAUCCAGCUAUUCUUGCUCGUUAUGGACAGACAGCUUAUCAUAUAGGAUCGGGAAAUAAUAAUACAUCUAGUCGUCAUCUUCCAUCAGCACUACAAAAUCUUAUGCAAACAUCUAACAGUUCACAUUAUCCUUCAUUGAAAUAUCCUAUCCCAGGGAUCACUGGUAGUGGUGCAUCAGGUCUGCCUGUAAAUAUUUUAUCAUCAUCCAGUGGUAAUACUGCAGCUGGCCAGUUGAACAAUGCCACACAAUUAGCUAAUCAAUUAUAUGUUGGUAAACCACCUGACUGGUUGAUCUAUGAAGAAGCAGCUCUGUAUUUAUGUAUUACAAAGAUUCAAGAGUUGAACUUUGAAAUGAAUAAUUCUAGUAAUAAUCCACUGAAUUCUACACCGAAUUAUCGUUUUGCUGAAUUCUUUCUGAACAAUUAUCUUCCUAAUCGAAGUUAUCGUGGUGCACGACAAUGCUUACUAGCUCAUUUUAAAAUGCAGAAUAUUAUCUCAUCUGCAAGUACUGUUGGAUCAUCAGGAUCAUCCGGUGGAUCUCCAUUGAAUAAUCCUUUUGUAUUCAACCCUGAAGAUAUGUCUUAUCCAUCUACUGUAAAUCCAGUCCCUGGCAAUCAUCAUGGUCCAAGUAGUCGUAAAGUGAAGAAUAAAAUGAAAAGUGCUGCUGCUGCAGCUGCAGCAGCCGCUGCCGCUGCUGCAUCUGCAUCUAUUAUUUCUGGAAUGCCUCUAUCAUCUGGUGGUUCUCCAUUUGGCAAUGGAUCAGGAUGUUCACCUGGUGUUAAUGGUGGUGGAGGAGGAAAUGUUUCUGGGGCAAAUACAGCUGCAACAGCUGCUGCUGCUUUGAAUCGAUGCAGAGGUUAUCUCUUCUAUCAGCAUUUACAUACUUGGCUUAAUAUGAUAUCACCAAACUCGAAUGAUAGUAAUCAAGGGAAUGGGACGACUGAUACCAAUCCGGCUGUACCACCACAUUUAUCUCCAGUCGUUCAUGCUAUCAAACUUACAGAAGAUAAUCAAGCAUCACUUUUACGCAAAGCUAUACGGGAUACAUUGUCUGCACCUUCUGUACAAAUUCCUUCUGUUUAUCGUCCCACUGGGUCACGCAGAACAUGUGUAGGUGGUGGUGGUAGUGGUGUCAGUGGUGGAAGUAGUACUUCAGCAGCAGCUUCAUCAGCCUUAGGUUAUCAUCCAAAUGCACAUUCUAGUGCAACUGGUACAUCUGUUGUACACUAUACUCAUCAUAGUUCUGGACAACUUUCUCAUAGUCAUUCUGGAUCUGUUGCACCAGCUUUACUAACACAUCAUCGUCAUCGUCAUCAUUCAACUUAUGAUCAUAGUCAAAGUCAAAAUGUGAACAAUCCAACUAGUGAUACUAAUGCAACAGGAUCAUCUGGGAGUUGCUCCAAUAAUUCAAAGAAUCCUACACAUAUUGCUGCACUUCAAGAACAUAAUAUCAAUCCGGAUACCUUAAUCACUCCUGCUAUGGUAAUCAAGAAUAAAGAAGAAAGAGAAGCUCGCCAACGCGCUGAAGCCGCUGCGCCGCCGCCGCCGCCGCAGCAGCAGCGAAUCAGGCUAAUUCGAGAUUCGUCAACAGAUCUUUCAAAUUUACAGUCUACAGAAAGCGGUGGUAUAUACUCGCAUAGCUCUCAUCCAUCAUCAGAUCAUGUAUAUAAAACAUCUACCCAUCAUACUAAUUCUUCUUCGAAUGAGUUUACAACAUCGCAUAAUCUUUCAGUGAACUCUACUACUGGUUCUUUUUCCACAGGUUCAUUUUCUAAUGCUCGUACAAAUGCACAAUUGUCAUUUGCACAUAAUUUAUCACAACGAGCGAAUAGUGUUAUGUUGCCAAUUCGUUCCGGUUUCGGUGGUAAUCCUAGCAGUCCAUCUGGUUCCAUUUUAUCUUUCACUGUUGGUCAUUAUCAAUUUCAACCACGACAAACUUUAUUACAUUCAUCAGUUGGUCGUUUAACUCAUUUAACACCUGGUGCACCGAUUACCAAUACAUCACAUUUGUCUAGUGGUCAUCAUAUGAUAUCAUCUGUUGCAGUAAGUUCAUCAACAUCUGAUGAUAAUAAUCCUCGAAAUGUAGACUUGACGUCUGGUAAUAUUUUAAUUCCUGGUAACUGGCGUACAGCUUCCAACUCACGACCACUUAAUGUUCAAACAAUUGUUUCAUCAACACCUACUGUUCUCCGACGUUCGACUACAUUCACUGGUAUUAGUUUAGCUGGUCAAUCGAAUAGUGGACUACAAACUUGUCGUUUGAAUCCUGCAACUUCUAGUAUUCCUCAAAGUUCAUCAACUACCUCAUAUAUGAGUACACAAGUUGGAAAAAUUCCAAAUCCUUCAUCUUCACCAGUACAGUCUAACUUUUAUGUUCAUCAACGUCCACAAUAUUUAUCUGGUAUUCAAACAUCUGGAUCUUCAUCUACACGUGGUGUUUUUACACCACCAUCAAAUAUGUCUGUAUCAAGUAAUUAUUCUGCACCGGUUACACAUCUACCUCAAAUUCUUCGUCCUAGAAGUGCGCUUCGUGGUUCAGUUGUUCAACCAACUUUUGUACGUACUAUUUCUGCUACUGGUUCAAGUGGUUCAAUGGUUCCAGUUUCAUCAACACAACUUGGAUCUCGUCUAUCACCUAGUGGUGGAGCAUCACCAUCAAAUAUGCUUCAUGGACGUGUUACUACACUAACUGUCUCAUCAAAUAAUCCAUCUAUUUCUAAUAUUCAUAAUUCACGUACUGGAACACAGCAUAGUAUGCCAUCUACUGUCUUUCAAUCGUUAAGAACAUGUAUUUCAGGCAGUGUUACAAAUCCUAAUGGAAAUGAACCACCUCAUCAAUCAUCACAUACUACUAAUAAUGGUAGUAAAUAA